CCAAAAAAAAUUGCGAUCCGAGUUUAAAUCGGAAAACUCCGACCCGAAUCAUUGCAGAACCGUCUCACACGUGUGUGACGGAAACCGGAUACGACGUUGUCUUGGAACAGAGAAGGCGGCCUCACUCCGGGGAGAGCUUUCGCCAUGACAUACCCUGGGCUCCCAAAUUCUUCUGCAGGCGCUGCUCUUGAAUCCCGGAAAAGCCAACACAGUCUCCUUGUCGUGUAAAAAAGUUAUGAUUUUCUAUGUUUCUCUCUCGUGCUCCUUCGCCAUUAAUUACUACCCGGGUUUCAGUUUCGGUUCUUCCUUUGAAAAACCCUUUUGGGCCGAUUUUCAGUUCCUUUCGGAGAAGGGAUUUUGUAGUGAGGGCGGAGUCGAGUCCUGAAGGUGAAGUUGAAGCUGUUGAAACCAAUGGCGAAGGAGCAGAAAAAGUAGAAGUAGGGUAGGGAGCUGAAGUGGAGGCAGGUUUGGAAGGAGAGGUUGGGAUUGAAGAGAGAGAAAUGGAGCCAAGAAAACCCCGCAUUAAGCUUGGGGAGGUUAUGGGGGUAAUUUAGUUUUUGGUAUUUUGCUUAUGUUAUGUUGAAUGUGUUCAUUACUUACUGGUUUUGGUUGCUUAAUGUAGUUAUUGUCAGGUUAGAAAGUUUGAAGUUGUUGUCCGACGGACUCAAAUUUCACAACUUUUUGGAGUUCAUUGUUGUUUGGUUGCUGAUAUAAAAGGUGAAAUAGUGAAGAGAAUUGAAGUUUUAGGUUUUCAUUUUUUGAGUCGGUUGGAGAGUAGACAAAGUUUAAUUGUCUGCUGAAUAUGGAGCUGAGUUCAGAACUUUGUGGUCAGCUUGGUUUCUGAAAAUUUGUACUACAAAAAACCAAAAAGCUUUGUUCAUUUUUCUUAGAUGAGAGUUCAAAGAGCUUCUAUCAAGCUUGUCUUCACAAAUUUGUCCACGAGCUUUGUUCAUAGCAUAAAUUAGCUGAAAUUAUGUUCAAGUUUGUUUCUUAGAACCAAAAAAGGAGAAUGGUCUAGAUUACUGCCUCUUUCCCGUACUGAUAUUGAAUGGACAGGCCAUUGAAGCAUCACAGAUUGAAACGCCCAUUCCAGAUCCCAGGACCGAUGAUAUUGUGGAGAUCAAAUUUGUACUGGUCUUUCACAGCUUUCUUAAUGAAUGAUUUGUUAGAUUUUCAAGUGGUCUUUUUAUUUUUGGUUUAUGUGCUUGACUUACAGGAAGUUCCUGAAACUAGGCAUAGAUUGUCUAUCUACAAAGGUAUUGUUAUGUCAAAGCAGAAUGCUGGCAUCCAUACUACCAUCUGUAUUCAGAGAAUUAUUGCAGGCAUCGGUGUUGAGAUUGUAUUCCACAUUUACUCCACAAAACAUCAAGGAAAUUAAAGUGGUCAGUCACAGGAAGGUCAGGAAGGCAAGGCUGUAUUAUCUAAGAGAAAAGCUUCCCAGGCUUUCCACUUUCAAGUGAAAGACAUGUAUGCAUUCAUUCUCCAGUUCUUUCAUCUUCCAUACACUUUUUCAAUCACGGAUAUCUUCUUUUUGUACAAGUUGUAAUCAUAAAUUUUUCACAUCUCCAUUUAUGUACUCAUUGCUUCAAGCUAUUAAUGCAGUUCUUUUCCAACUGUGAUGAAUGGAACUUCUUUUGCUCCUCUUGUAUAUCUGUUAGAAAAUGAGGGAAUGAAUGUGCCUUUCAUUAUCCAGGCAAGAUACAGCCCAUUGAAUGUUGCCAUCAAGUAGUCCAUGUUCCCAUUUUUU